UAAAAACACCGCCGAGGUCUCCACACGAGACGAACGCGAAGAGGAAAAGCUUACAGAGAGCAUUUCGAAGAGGAGCCUGCCUCACAGCUCAUUCGUCGAGGAUACGAGGUCCUCGAAAGGUUUGGGCUUCUUGGCGUGGAAUUUUGUGGGUGAUUUGCCCGCAUGGGGGAUCAUGUGGCGGUGGAUGUUGGGGGGCUCGUGGCGUCCCGAACCGGCGAGGCGGCGGGGCUGGUGUCCGGCAAGGAGGAAACGGAGGCGCUGAUUGGGAUGGUGGAGUGCCGCAUUUGCCAGGAGGAGGACCUGGCCAAGAACCUCGAGAGCCCCUGCGCUUGCUGCGGCAGCCUCAAGUACGCUCACAGGGAAUGUGUCCAACGUUGGUGCAAUGAGAAAGGAGACAUAACCUGUGAAAUCUGCCAUGAGCCGUACAAGCCCGGUUACACUGCCCCACCCCAGGUACACCAUGAUGAAACUACCAUAGAGAUAAGUGGUGGAGAUUGGACCAUCUCUGGCAAUCGUUUGGAUUUACAUGAUCCUAGAAUCUUGGCGAUGGCUGCUGCUCAACACCGUUUACUUGAAGAUGAGUAUGAUGAAUAUACUGCAACGAACAACAAUGCCGCUGCCUUUUGCCGCUCCAUAUUUCUGAUUUUAAUGGCUCUUCUGCUCCUGAGGCACACACUGACCAUUACUAAUAGUGACGAUGAAGAUGAUGCAUCCGCUAUUUUCUCGCUAUUUCUUUUGAGGGCAGCUGGAUUUCUGCUGCCAUGCUACAUUAUGGCUUGGGCUAUUAGCAUCAUGCAGCGUCAAAGACAAAGACAGGAAGAAGCAAUGUUAUUACCAACAGAAGUGGCGAUCAUUCUGCACCGGAAUAGAAGAACAAUGCAAUUUGCGGUAGCGCCACCGGAAUCUCCAACCUCACCUCAUCCCGAACCAAACCAAUAGAAAACAUCAGCAACAGGCCCAUCCCUUGAGUGCGUACCAGAUGCGUUGAGCCUCCAGCAUACGUGGUUAAGGUGAAAGUCCGAGUACAUAGUGCAAUCCUGUUGCCUCGGCCACCUCGAAUGGCCAUGCUGCAGCAAAAAUGUUGCGGUCUUGUUUGAACGGUACAAACUUUGCGGCUGAGGUUCAAUGUUUCUUUGACGGGCUCUCAGCAUCUUCUGUACAUAAAGAGGUUUCUUCUUUUAAUAAAUGAAUAUAAGUCAUAUCAACAGAAAGUUUGAGUUGCUUCAGUGGUUUAGACUUCGA